AUGGCCUUUAGGGGCCAAGCCUUUGCCUUUUGGCGGCCUCUCCAGGCCCCGAACUUCCUCAGGCCGGCCUCUCCAGGCUCAGUUGCGGCCUCCCGGCCACCCGUCUGCGCCCAGCUCCUCCUGCUCCCGGCUGCGGCCGCGGGCCCAGCCCCGGCCUCACGACAACCUCUUUGGACUCGGGCGCCAAACGUCCUGAAGCCAGUCCCCACGGUGGCCUCUUCGGGCCCGGCUCCUGCCCUCCGACGGCGUCUCCACGACCCAGACUUCCUCCAGCCAGCCUCUCCAGGCCCAGCUCCUCCUCCCGGCGGCCUCUGCAGGCCCACGCUGGCCUCGAGUCGGCCUCUCCAGGGCGCUCUCUGGUCCCGGUGGCCCCUGCGGCCCCAACUCGUCCCCCAGUCGGCCUCCGCCGUCCCAGCUGCUGCCUCUCCGCGGCCUCUCCAGCUGCCAGACUUAUUCAGGUCAGCCUCUCCAGGCCGAGCUCCUCCUGCCUGCCACUGGCCUCUUGAGGCCCAGGACUUGACCUCCAGUCGGCCUCGCCAGGCCCAGCCUCCUGCCUCCCGAAGGCCUGCACAGGCCCAGCCUCUACCUCCCAGCAGACUCUCCACGCCCACCUAUCGCCUCAACGCUGCCUCCCCAGGCCAGAGCUCCUCCUGCCUUUCGGCAGCUCCGCCGGGCCCCGCUCCUGCCUCCCAGUGGCCUCGCCCAGCCUCUGCCUUUUGGAGGCCUCUCCAGGCCACGAACUUCCUCAGUCCGGCCCCUCCAGUCCCAGUUGCGGCCUCCCGGCCUCCCGUCCAGGCCCAGCUCCUGCUGCUCCCGGCUGUGGCCUUGGGCCCAGCCCCGGCCCCACGACAACCUCUUUGGACUCGGCUCCGGCCCUGCUCCCGCUCCGCGGCCUUUGUAGACCCCAAACGUCCUGAAGCCGGGCCCCACGAUGGCCUCUCCGGACCCGGCUGUUGCUCUCUGUCGGCGUCUCCACGCCCCAGAAUUCCUCCAGCCAGCCUCGCCAGGCCCAGCUCCUCCUGCCGGCGGCCUCUGCAGGCCCACGCUGGCCUCGAGUCUCGGCUUCUCCAGGGCUCGCUCGUGCUCCCGGCGGCCCCUGCGGGCCCAAUUCGUCGCCCAGUCGUCCUCCGCCGGCCCAGCUCCUGCCUCUCCGUGGCCUCUCCAGCUGCCAGACUUCCUCAGGCCCAGUCUUUGCCUUUUGGCGGCCUCUCCAGGCCCCGUACUUCCUCAGGCCGUCCCCUGCAGGCCCCGUUGCGGCCUCCCAGCCUACCGUCCAGGCCCAGCUCCUCCUGCUCCCGGCUGCGGCCGCGGGUCCAGCACCGGCCUCACGACAACCUCUUUGGACUCGGCUCCGGCCACAGCUCCCGCUCCGCGGCCUUUGGAGGCCCCAAACGUCCUGAAGCCAGGUUGACCUCCAGUCGGCCUCGCCAGGCUCAGCCUCCUGCCUCCCGAAGGCCUGCACAGGCCCAGCCUCUGCAUCCCAGCGGACUCUCCACGCCCAGCUCUCGCCUGACUGCGGCCUCCCCGGGCCAGAGCUCCUCCUGCCUUUCGGCAGCUCCGCCGGGCCCCGCUCCUGCCUCCCAGUGGCCUCGUUAG